GUAUACUGUCGUAUAAGACCAAUAGGUAAUCCAGAUGAUGAAAUUUGUGUCCAGGUAUUAAGUGAAACAACCGUACAAUUAAAUCCUACAGAAGCUGCUACGAUAAGAAAUGGACAAGUUAAAGAGCUGCAGUACACAUUUCAACAUGUAUUUGAUGAAUACACAUCACAGAAAGCUAUCUUUGAUUAUGUUGCUUUACCAACAGUGGAAGACCUUUUACAUGGCAAAAAUGGAUUAUUAUUUACCUAUGGGAUAACAUCAUCAGGUAAAACAUUUACCAUGACUGGUUCUCCUAAAGAUCAAGGUAUAUUACCUCGGUGUUUAGAUGUUCUAUUUAACAGUAUAGAUGAUUAUCAAGUUAAAAAAUAUGUAUUCAAACCAGAUAGAAUGAAUAGUUUUGAAGUUCAGACAGAAGUAGAUGCUAUGUUAGAAAGACAGAAACGCGAAAUAUUACCUGGUGUAGGAACACCAAGAAUACCCUCUACACCUAGCACCCCAAAACCACCAAACUUUGGUGAACAGACAAGAUUGAGAGAUAUGGGUAAAGUUGAAGAUAUAGAAGAAGACAAUAGAUAUGGUGUAUUUGUAUCGUAUGUAGAAAUAUAUAAUAACUAUGUAUUUGAUUUAUUAGAAGAACUACAGUAUGAUCCCAUUACAGGCUACAGGGCACCACAAUCUAAGAUACUGCGCAAAGACAACAGUGAUAAUAUGUAUGUUAAUAGUUGUGUCGAAGUGGAAAUCAAAAGUCCAGAAGAAGCCUUUGAAGUCAUGUACAAAGGUCAGAAAAGAAGAAAGGUAGCCCAUACCGCCCUGAAUGCUGAAUCUAGUAGAAGUCAUAGUGUAUUUACUAUAAGAUUAGUACAGGCACCAUUAGAUGAUAGAGGAGAGGAAGUUAUACAGGAUCCAGAAAGAAUCUGUAUCAGUCAGUUAUCUUUAGUAGAUUUAGCUGGAAGUGAAAGAUGUAAACGAACAGAUAAUAUGGGUGAUAGAUUAAAAGAAGCAGGAAGUAUCAAUCAGUCGUUGAUGGUAUUAAGAACAUGUUUAGAAACAUUAAGAGAAAAUCAGAAAACCAAUGCUAAUAAGAUGGUACCAUAUAGAGAUUCUAAGUUAACACAUCUAUUUAAAACAUAUUUUGAUGGUGAUGGUAAAGUAAGAAUGAUUGUUUGUGUUAAUCCUAGAAGUCAAGAAUAUGAAGAGACAAUUCAUGUAAUGAAGUUUGCUGAAAUGACUCAGGAAGUGAUGAUAACUAGAGCCCAACAAGUUAGGUUUAAUGAUAAUGGUUUAACACCAGGUCGAGGUAAAAUGAAUCAACAACGUAUUGAAGCUGGUAAUGUUAAUGAACCUCAAGAUGUACCUGUAUUACCAUCACUAGUAUAUAGUCUAGGACCAACUUUCCCACCCAUGGAAUUACUUCAUGCAUCAGAUGAUAAAACAUUACGUUGUUUAGAAGAGUUUUUAGGAAUAAGAUAUAACAGACGACAGACAUUAAAUGUUGACUUUAACAAAAAAGGUAACGUAAGAUAA